AUUCGCGUUCGACACUCAAAAAGUCACGCAUGCAGUCAAGGAAGAAAGGCCGCCGAAAUCAACGGGGUUGAAUUUCACGGCCAAUAUUUUGUAUUAGCGACCAUGCAGGUCCACCUACAGUGCUAGAGUAAUCGGCUGACUCGGUUUAUUUUAUAAAAUAACGUUUAACUUUGCUCAGGUUUCCCUAGGUAGCCUAGUCGAUGAUAUUGCUGGCUAAAUUGCUAGCUAGCCAACAUUAGCAGUCGGCGCCCAACAAGGAAACAAAAAUGACAACGACGAACGUAAUUCAGGUGACAAAUGUGUCUCCGAGCACAACAUCUGAACAGAUGAGAACCCUCUUCGGCUUCCUGGGGAAUAUAGAGGAGUUAAAGCUUUUUCCACCUGAUGAUUCUCCCUUGCCUGUGACUUCACGUGUCUGUUUUGUAAAGUUCCUCGAGUCUGAGUCGGUUGGCGUAUCUCAGCACUUGACUAACACAGUCUUCGUGGACAGAGCCUUGAUUGUCGUCCCCUUUGCUGAAGGUGUGAUUCCUGACGAAUCAAAAGCUCUGUCGCUUCUGGCACCAGCCAAUGCUGUUGCAGGAUUGCUUCCAGGAGGUGGGCUAUUGCCCACCCCAAAUCCAAUGGCAUCGAUGGGAGGUGUUCCCCUGGGAGGUCUUGGAGGCCCUACGAUGGAUCCCAUGGCAGCUCUUGGCAUGCCGGGGCCUAACAUGAACCCACAGAUGCAGUCCCUAUCUGCUGACCAGCUUCUGAAGUUGAUGUCCUCUGUGGAUCCUAAGUUGAAUCCAAUGGCUGCCGGCCUCAACAUGAACCCGGUCAUGAAGGUCGAUAAUUCCAACAAGGAGAUCGAGGAGGCCAUGAAGAGGGUCCGGGAGGCCCAGUCGCUCAUAUCAGCCGCCAUCGAGCCUGGAAACAAAAAAGAGGAGAAGCGGAAGCACUCGAGGUCCAGAUCACGGUCACGGCGGAGGAGGUCUCGAUCCCGCUCGAAACACAGGCGUUCUCGGAGCAGGUCGAGGCGGCGGUCGCGCUCCAGGAGCAGGAGGAGGUCGAAGAGCCCCAGGAGGAGGAGGUCUCACUCCAGGGAGCGGGGCCGGCGCUCCCACAGCAGGUCCAGGGACAGGCGGAAAGAGGAGAAGGUCCGCAAGCGCUCCAAAACGCCACCCAAGAGCUACAGCAGUGGACGCCGAUCUCGCAGCAUCAGUCGGAGACGACACAGGAGGAGCCGCAGUGCCUCCCGAUCGCCCCGCAGGAAGCCAUCCAGGUCUCCCUCUCCCAGGAGGCACAAGAAGGAGAAGAAGAAGGACAAGGAGCGCGAGCGAGACCGGGAGCGAGACAGGAAAGACGAGCGAGACCGCAGCCGAGACAAGCGGGAGCGCUCGCCCAGCAAGAAGAAGAGCCGAGACAAGGACAAGGACAGGGAGCGCAAGUCCGACAGCGAGAAGGGAGACGUCAAGGUGACCCGAGACUAUGACGAGGAGGAGCAGGGCUACGACAGCGAGAAGGAGGAAGAGGAGCGUGACAAGAGCUCGGACACCGGAGGCGUCCACUCCCCGCGCUCCCAGGAGCCCCAGAGGGACAACACGGAGGAGGAAGAGGAGGCCAAGGGCUCGGAGGGCUCCAGUGACGACCAGCCUGAUGAGGACAUGGAGAUGAGCGACUGAUGAGCCCCCUCACCAUCACAACCCCCCCAUCCUUCUCUCUCCUCUCCUUGCUCCUCAUCCCCCUCUUGUGCUGCCUUCUCAGCAGUCCCCGACCACCGCCAUUUAUAACCCCCCCUCAUUCUUCUCUCCUCAUCCCCCCCCCCCCCCCCCAGACAUCAAUCCUAACUACUGCUGGACCUGCAGGCUAGCCUGCCGUCAUCUUAAGCCCUCUACCCCACCCCGUAUGGAUUUCUCGAGCCAGUGAUAUCGUCUUCCCCUUAAACAAAGGGAGGAUAGCAUACUGUCCUAUUGUAUAUCUGAUUAGCAAAUUUACGUUAUGGCAUGUUCACAACCAUUUGCUUAUUUGUAUAUUUGAGGAUGAAAAUAUUUUAAAAAAAAAAAAACGGUUUGUGGUAAAGACAUUAGGUUGAAUUUCUUAAAGUUGUUGUUGACAAGGGUGAGUGUGUGUGUGUAUAUGAGUGUACGGGAGAGAGGAAUGCUCUUUUACUGCUAGCUUUGUGUAGUCUACGAGGGGCCUUGUUUUGUUAUUUGAAGACUGAAUGUGCUGCGGCUGAGCUCAGCCGAGGGCUAUUCAUCAGUAGACACCUCAUGGUGGGGUCAGGUAGCCACUCAUUUGCUGAAUGUUCCUUAGGCUCAGCGAGCGCAGAGGUAAAAUAACCUGACGUAUGCAUUUCUAAGACAGAAUGUUUUUUUCUUCCUCUUUUAUUUCUUUGUUUGUAAAAAAAAAUUAAGAAUGGUUGGUAAACAAGUAGUGCUCCUUGCAACACAUUUUACCCUGAAAUAAAUAAUAAUAAAAAAAUUCUGAUGUGGUUA